GCGUCCAUGACAGUGUAACGUUCACAUUCGAGUUAUCGCACUACGUUAGGAACCCUACAUCGCUGAUUUUCUUCGUCGUAUCAUUUUUGCAUCAAAUAGAUAUCGUUAACUAUUCCACUUUCUCAAUAAGUUAGUUUUGUUAAAUAGUAAAAAAUAUGCAUUGGUGGGGUUGGGAAAUCAUAAGUUUUGAAAUUGAAUUUUGCAAAUUUAUCUAAAAGAACGAUACGAAUCAUUAUCAAUCAAAUCUCUACUUGCCAGUCAAUUCUAUAGCGUACGGUCGAGUCUGGAGGCAAAAUCGUGAUCGGCAGUCGUUGCUAUCGUGUGAUUAUGUUCAAACUGGUGUUGGGUUUAUUGUGCGUACACGCUGCUUUCGCGUUACAAUCGUUUUCAAACAAUGAUUCUAGCAAUGGUACGAUUUUCACAUUUACUACCCUCGAAAACAAAGAAAACAAUUUAAGUAAUUUCAAAAAUAUCAGCUGUAAAAAUGUUACUCGUUCAAUUGAUGAUUUCCCACCAGAUUAUUUCACCGAAGAACAAAGGCUUCAUGGUGCUAUCAUUUUGCACGUUUUGGUGGCUUUUUAUGGAUUUGUUUUUAUAGCGAUCGUUUGCAAUGAUUAUUUUUUGCCAUCAGUAUUCUGUAUAUGUUUAGAUUUGGGCAUUUCACCAGAUGUGGCUGGAGCAACAUUUAUGGCGACAGCUACUUGUGCUCCAGAACUUUUUAUCAGUGUUAUCGGUACAUUUCUAACAGAAUCCGACUUAGGAGUCGGUACUGUUGUUGGGAGUGCAGUCUAUAAUACACUAGGAGUAUCGGCUUGUGCUGGUUUAGCGGCUAAGAAAGCAAUCGAUUUAGAAAAAUGGCCGUUGAUCAGAGAUAGUGGUGUAUACAUUUUAUCUGUUAUGGUAUUGGCUUCUGUCGUAAUGGAUGGUGUUGUCAUGUGGUAUGAAGCUUUUUUGAUGCUUAUUAUGUACUUCUUGUAUUUCCUAUUAAUGUUUACUCAAGGAAAGCUCAAGGCAGCCGCUAAGAAAUUAAAAAACAAGAAUUCAUUUCGAUCUUCCAAAAGUACAACGAAACCUCCAGGAUUCGAUAUUGGAUUUGGAAUUUAUCGUUCGUUUUAUUUUACUGAAUAUGUACCCCCUACAAAGCCAAUUCAACCACCAGUCACUACCAAAGACUUUAAUUUACCAGUUGAAGAAGAAGUUUCUCCUGUAUGGAAAGUACCAAAAGGCAACCUUCUAACAACUGCGUGGUGGGCGUUUUCGCUUCCGGUUACAUUCUCGUUAGCCAUGACGAUACCAGAUUGUCGAACUAAAAGAAAAGUAUAUCCUUUGACAUUUAUAAUGUGCAUUAUUUGGAUAGGUAUUAGUUCUUAUUUUGUGUCUUGGAUGUUAACAAUAUGCGGGGAUACUUUUCAUAUUAGUGAUAUCGUGAUGGGUAUAGCAGUUUUGGCGGCAGGUGGAAGUAUACCCGAAGCAGUUUCUAGUGUCAUAAAUGCGUUAAAUGGUGUAGGAUCAAUGAGUAUAAGCAACGCUCUUGGAGGGAACACUUUAGAUAUUUUACUGUGUCUCGGUUUGCCAUGGUUUAUUAAAUCUUUAUUGCCAGCAUCUAUGAAUGGAGGACCAGUUAUAAUGGAAUCUAGCGAUUUGUUUUUCAAUUGUAUAUGCAUGAUUGGUAGCGUGUUCGUAUUAAAUUUGGCAGCUGCAGCUAACGGUUUCAAAAUGUAUAAAAUAUUCGGAAUUAUAUGUCUAGUCGGCCACGUGGUUAUCAUUACAACAUUUAUAAUAGUUGGUUUAAAUUUUGUUAAAAUACCAAUAGAAGGUCAAUGCUGAUAUUGAUUAAACAAUAUUAAUAAAGCAGUGACUAAGAUUAUUGGUGUUUAAGGAAGUCGAAUUAACGUAAAAUUUAAUGGUUAUAAUAACACUUGUAGUAAGAAAGUACUUAUUUAGCGCAGGAUCGUGCUAUUUUACAAUUCAAGUGCAUUACCAUUAUUUAAUCAAAACAAAACUUUUGUUUAUGUCAUAUUGGAAUUCACGUGACUUGGGAAUAAAACGUAAUAACCAAUCCCAAAUAAUGUAUAUAUUUGUUCAUAAUACAAAUUUCAUUUAAUAUAUAAGUACAAAUGAACGUGCCAAAAUUAAAUUUACUUUAGAAGUUAAAAAAUACUAAUAUAAAUCUAUGAAAAUAAAUAGUCCGAAUGAUAAAUGAUGUUACAGAAAUUAAUAUGGUAAAAGAAAACUUCAUGGUAUCACUUAACACUUCUAUAGUAAUUGUUUUUAAUUAUACAAGAUGGAUUUCUAUUAAAUGAAAAGACAAAAUUUGAUACAAUCUAGUGUUUCAACAUAUAUGUGUUAUAACUAUUAUGCUUUAUCACUUAUUAGAUGUAGCAGAAGCAUAUUCAGCGAACGAGGCAUUGAACAAUGUAAAUCAAAAUAAGAUAUUGCAAUUUUUUAUGAAUUAAUUAAAUUAACAUAAUAAGAAGAAGAACAACCAUGAGGUAGGGUUAAGUUGGAUUGUAAUUGACUUCACUUUGAAAUAAGUAGUGAUUUUUAAACUUUGUAGUAGUAAAAGUCUUUUUAGCAAUAUAAAUGAUUGAUUGUCAAAUUUUGAAACGUAGCAGAGGAUAUUAAUUUGAAAAGAAAAAAGAUCACAUUAAAUUUUCUUGAAUAAUCUUUAUCUCUAAAUGAGAGACCAAGUAACCACCUGAUGAUUUUUAAGAGCUAAUAAGAAUUUAUCAUUUAUAAAAAUUGAACUAAGUUAAUAAUUAUCAUUAUAAUAGCACUAUCACAGAUAUUUAGUCCAACCAUGAUUAAAUUCAAUCAUUUUCCCUUUGAAAAAAUGCUUUACUAUAGAUGAUUAUUAUAUAAUCUUACGAUAGUAAAUUCAGUUUUUGUUUUCCCUUAAACGAUUUUUAACAAUUAAGCAUAGGCAUAGGGUUCAGAAAAGUUUGAGAGGACUAAGUCUUAUGAAUUUCCAUUAUCUUUAAAAAUUUCA